CACUAUGUUCACGCAGAAAGUAGAUUGUUGAAGGAUGUGAGAUAUAAAUACUUGUUCGUAGUGUUUCGUUGCACGUUUGGUCGUAAACGUAAAUCAGAAGGUCUGAAUGUGAUUAAAAAACCGUGAGGACUCUAACUAAUGUGUUACCUUUAAGGUCUAAAUUUUUAAAUUGCCAAUCGAUGUUUCGCGUAAGAUUGGAGGGUCAACAAUACGUUAUAAAAUCUUACAACAUGACUCACAACCAUCCGUGUACUAGUUCGUGGAUGGUUUGUGAUCCGUUGAGUAGACGAUUGUCAUCAGAAGAAAAAGAAAACUUGAAACCAGUUAUAUUGCACUGUCAGUCGACGGACGAAGUUAUCGAAAGUAUUAAGGAAAGAACAGGUAAGCAGGUGACCGCUGCUGAUGUCAAAAAUAUGAAAGCUGAACUCUCCACUGGUUGGACUCGGAAGCAGGUAUUGCAGAUGAUGCGACAAAACGGUCAAGUUAGAGAGCAUGCAGAAAAUGGAUCUAUUACGGCGGUAUGCUUCAGCAGUUAUGAUCAGAUACGGCUGUACAAUCAAUAUCCCGAAGUCGUGUGUAUUGAUUCUACUUAUAAAACUAAUAAUAAAAAGUGAAUAUGAUUUUCGUUUUGUUCUACUAUGUAGGUAUUCAUUAUUCCAGUUAGUGGUAACAGACAAUUGGGGUCGAGGUCGAACUGUUAUGUUUGCAUGGAC